AAGAAGCCACUGGGUGUAACACCUUCUCAAGCCAACUAAGAGGAAAGAAGAAUAUAAACCAGCAUCUCAAACAACACACAAGCAGAAAAGAAGAAAAAGUCAACUAAAUAAUACAUUUUCAAAAAGUUUUGUUUAUUCCAGAAUGGGAAAGCCUAUUGUCCCUGUGGCCUUAGGAGUCCUCGGACUCAUUGGUGUCAUUGUUUGCUGCGCUGUUCCUCAUUGGAUUGUGGUGUAUGGCAAACUUCCCACCGGUGAGGUUGAACAGUUGGCUCAAUACGGCCUGUGGAAGUUUUGUAUGGUGCUGCUCAAUGAGCGGCUGGAGUGCGUGAAUUUUGAAGUCCCACCCAUAUUAGCCUCAACCUACCAUGCCACCAAAGCCAUGACUGUCAUCAGCUGCUUGCUCACCUGCCUCAGCCUCCUCAUCCUCCUCAUCCAACAUUUCGGUGCCAGCUGCAUCCCCUAUCUGCAGAAUGAAGAUGCAAAGCCUAAAAUCUACCUGGUGGUCGGGGUGGGCCUGCUGCUGGCUGGCCUUCUGGUGAUCAUCUCAGCCAUCUCGCUUCCUCAUGCCUUGGAGCAGUUUUUGAAGUCCAACCUGGAAGGAGGACGUAAAUCCUUUGUACUUGUCAAGGGAUCAUGCGUCUAUGUAGGUUGGAUGGCUGGUCUGCUACUGCUUCUUGAUGGAGGUCUGCUCUGCUUCUUCAGAAAGAAGACCACUCAGAUUGGGUCUGUCAAUAUCACCUUGUGCCGUUUCUUUUAAUAUUGAUCUGAUUGUAAAUUGAAAGGACAAGAGUCGUCUGAUUAAUUGAUGAUUAGUUUAUAUUUACGUAGAAAAAAAGUUUAUACUCGUAACGUGAUUUUGAAGUUAAAAUAGAUUAAAUUACUCAAAUUAUUGCCAUUUAAAUCCAGUUUUACAAUGUGAACAUAACGCAUUCAUGGAAUAUGUUUCUGGAAGCCAGUGUUUAUUUCUGUUGCUUAAUUGUUUUUUUGUUUUUUGUUUGUUUUUUCCCUAAAAAAAUAUGUAAACCACUUUUUUCUUUUUAUGGUUGACCUAUCAUUUAUCUAAAAUUUUAUUAAAUUACAUUAUAAAAAAUUUGAUAAACUUGGGGUAUGAAACUUCUUUAAACAGUAAAAAUGGCUUUAAAUCUUUUAGAGAAAUAGAAUUUGUGUGUACAAAGGGAUUUUUAUAUCAGGAUUAACAAUUAUUUGAACAUGUAGCCAACAUUUUAUUUAAAAUAAAAAUUUGAGGGGAAAACAGGAAUUUGAGUUUCAUAACAGGACUAACAAAAAUACACCAACCUUUG